GGGUAUCCGCCGUGGAUAUAAUUGGGUAAGCCAGAAGCCAAAGCACCAGAAGAUAUACAGGGGGAGGGGUUCCUUUCUUCUCCCACCGUCGCUGCCGCCAGCUGCCCAGCUGCGCCUCGUCGUCAGAGGGUUCCCUUUCCUGUUCGAUGUGACGCAGCCCCCCGCUGCGCCCCGACGGCGGCGGCCUCACCGGCUGGCGAUGGGCACGACAAACUGAGACCUCCCUUUCCACCCAAGUUCUCUUUCCUCCUUCUCUCUCUCUCUCCCUCUCUCUGCGGAAGGUGGCGGUGCUGCACUCUGUUGGUACAAGAGUCUGGAGUGCAGUGCAGAUCCACCCGGCCGGACCUGGAUCGAUAUCUCCGUUUGUUGGUUCUUUCCAUCGUGCAGGUUCAAUAAAACCAAUAAAUUCUGGGGUUCAACUGAACCCCCAAUCCGAGUAUAACGGCCACUCUGUGCUGCAAGGUUUGUCUAAGAUUUUCGUGCAAUAACGGCCAUGUGGAGGCUCAAGCAGUUCAUCCCCAAGGAGCAGCCCAGCCCCAGCGGCCUCGAGGGUCGGACGGUCGAUGUUGGCAAUGUCAAGGUGCACGUCCGAGAGGCCAUUGCUGAGGGUGGGUUCUCAUCUGUCUAUGCUGCUCGAGACCUGGUAAACCCAGCGAAGCAGUACGCCCUCAAGCGCGUGAUUGUCCAGGACGAGGAGUCGCUGAACCUGGUCCAGAAGGAGAUCACGGUGAUGCGGUCGCUCAAGGGGCACCCUAAUGUGGUCACACUGGUUGCACACGCCAUACUGGACAUGGGACGGAUGAGGGAGGCACUGCUGCUCAUGGAGUUCUGCGGGAAGUCACUGGUUUCUGUGUUGGAGGGCAGAGGAGCAGGUUACUUUGAUGAGGAGAAGGUGGCGCUGAUCUUCCGGGAUGUUUGCAAUGCUGUCUUUGCGAUGCAUUGCCAGACGCCACCUCUUGCUCACAGGGACCUAAAGGCAGAAAAUGUUCUUGCUGCUGAUGGGGCAUGGAAACUAUGCGAUUUUGGUAGUGUAUCGACAAAUCAUAAGUGCUUUGAUAAACCUGAGGAGAUGGGCAUUGAAGAAGAUAACAUCAGGAAGCACACUACUCCUUCAUAUAGAGCUCCUGAGAUGUGGGACUUGUACAGUAGGGAGGUUAUCAGUGAGAAAGUAGAUAUCUGGGCUCUUGGGUGUCUCUUGUAUAGAAUUUGCUACUUCAAAUCAGCAUUUGAUGGAGAAUCAAAGCUCCAAAUACUUAACGGGAACUAUCGCAUCCCAGAAUUGCCGAAGUACAGUUCUUCUAUUACAACACUUAUCAAAGACAUGCUUAAUUCUUCUCCAGAUGCCAGACCGGACAUCACACAGGUGUGGUUCCGUAUUAAUGAGUUACUUCCAUUGGAGCUGCAAAAGGAUUUACCUGAUGGAUCUCCAUCUGGAUCAGCAUUUGAAUCUCACACUGCCACUGAUGAAGUAUCAAUGAGGCCACAGCAGAUGAGUGGCUCUUCAUCAAGAGAGAAUAUCAAGAAUACCUCUCUUAGUGAUUCUUCCAACAUAAUGGUACAAAGUCCUCUGAAAGCUAUAGGGAACAUGGGUUCUAUGGGUGCAUUUUGGUCAACUCAACAUGCUCAGGAGCUAUCUUUUGCUGAUGACAAGGAGCCAGCUUUUGAUAAAGAGCCCAUUGAUCAAGUCAGAUCAAAGCAAUCACAGGCUAAGAACCAGAACACAGCAGCUCGCAAUUCAUCUCGGAAGUCUCUGUCUGCAUCAGUUGAUAGUUCCCCUGGGGAUUUCGAAAUUAGGUUUUCUGCAAAUGGCUCGGAGUCUAGGUUGGAGGAAACCAAAACGGUAAUAACAGAGAAUAAAACAAAGAUACAAACUACUGCCUUCAACUCCUGUGCGUCAGACUUUGAUAAUAUCAAAAUGAACUCACGAAACACUACUGACAGUAUAAACAUAACUAGCAAAUUGAAAGAGCUUCAAUUGGAAGCAGAAGUAACUUUACUCAAGGAACAAUUAAAGAUAGCAAACCUGGAGAAGGAAGAAAUUUCGUUGAAGUUUGAUAAGUUGUCUGCCAUUUGCUCCUCUCAGAGGCGAGAGAUACAAGAGCUUAAGCAAGCUUUGGCUGCAGCUUAUGUUACGCCACCAGCUAAACAGUUCAGAGAAAAUUCAAGUGUUGAAGUCACCCCACCCAGCAAAAGCCUCGACACUCCGCCGAGGGAGAAGAUUGAAGGAACCCCUCCAGAGCUCCGGCAAGGCCUGUUUACUUCAAGCCCAGGAACACCAAGCCCUGACCUGAAAACAUGGUCAGCUUUCCUUGAAGAGCCAAAAUCUCAAGCAGCUGUGAAGAGUGUCCACCCCAGGUCAGUCCGAACUCUGCGUGCAUCAAACAGCAACAAAGCCAGCUCGUUGGGACAGUCAAAUAUAAGUUCUAGCACCGAUCCAUUUGCGUUUGGUCAAGAUAGUUUUAAGGCUGCUCCUUCUGGAACUGUACUUCCCCUGUUAUCAAACAUGGGGAAUACUUCUCAGCUCAGUAAUCUGAAUAUAGAAGAAAAGAAAGACGGAUCCUACCAACCAGAUGGAUGGACUGGGUUUUGAUUGUGCUAUAGUAAUUUAUGUGCCAAAAGAGUCAAGAGUUCAUAUGGUCUUGGUGGUGUGGUAUACUGAAGGUGCAGAGAGGAAUGCCUGAACUGGUGUAGGUAUGUGUGACAAUGCUUUUUGUACAAUUGUUCUGGUCCUGAGCUAGCAUCGUGAUGCGUUCAGUUGUAACUGUAGUGCAAAUGUAAGUUGCAACUUGCAAUUAAUUGCUAGAUAUUAGAUAUAGGAAGAUGUUUUUUUUUCUUAUGUAGACAAGCUUGUGGUGUCAUGAAUUUUGGAGGCAUGCUAUAUAGAUAUAGCCAUCUAUUAUACCAUAUCAUGAAUAAAGGGUUAUCAUUUAGUGACAA